AUGUCGUGUCAAUCCUCCGGCCAUCCCAUGGACGGGUCGGAGAUGAACAUGUCCCAGGGCUCCUACCAGUCGGGCUAUGAGAUGUCGUCACAACAGCCCUCGCCCUCCAUGUCCAUGGACCCGAACUGGCCGCUGCAGCGGUCCUUCUCAACUCCUGACGGCACGACGAUGCACCAGAUCGAGCCCAACGCGACCGAGAAGAAGCGCAACAAACUUGGCUAUCACCGGACGUCGGUCGCUUGCAGUCACUGUCGUAGGCGAAAGAUACGGUGCAUCCCAUCCGCGAACGACCCUCAAGGGCGCUGUGCCAACUGCAUCCGCCUGAAGAAGGACUGUAGCUUCAUAUUGACAGAGCAGCAGCAGGGCUCUGAUGCGCGCCAUAGGGGCUCGGCGCAGCCGUCUGCCGACCCGCGAAGCAGCUCGCAGCCUUCGUCGCCCGCCGGGACGCCAUCCGCAAGUCUCCCAUACAGCGUCCCCCAAGGGCCCCAUGCGCCGUUUCCUGGAGUCGCUGCGAACAUGCCGCCCAUGCCACCGCCGUUGACAGCCGGCCCAGGCCCUGAGGGCAGCAUGUCAACCGAUCUAAAUCCUGCCAACCGGUACGACUACAGCCAGGCCCCGCCCUCGUGGGUGCCCUCGUCCAAUAUCCACCCCUUCCUCCAAGAAGAGCACCCGAAUUGGAGCAACCCAUUCCGACCACAGGGUGAUGGCCCGGGCGGUGAAGCCCCCGCAGAGCAACAUGCAAUGUCUGCGAACUGGACAGGGCCUCGAGAGGCAGGUUGGGGUCAGAUGGGCGUCCCCGCGCGCUCCAUGUCAUACAGUGGCGAAGCCAUGCGCGGCGGCGGUUCUGGUGCAUACGGCAUGAUACCACAACAACCUGCAUAUGCCGCCACAAACAUACAGGGCUUGCCCGACCCCAAUGCAUACCAUCACAUGGGUGCUGCCUCGGUCUCGCCAACUGGUAUCCCCCAUCCAGCCCAGGCGCCUCCAGGUUGGCAACAGCCGCCGCCACAGGACUUUGACAGACCGGACGGGUAUGGGUCAUGGGAGGGCUCAGCGCCAUUCCCUCCAACGCAGCAGAUGCCGGCGGGGAAGACCAUAGAUGGUACAAGGGGGGGCAGCUGA